GCGCAAGCUGAUGCAGAGGCUGCAAAUGGGGAGCAGCUAGACCUUGUGAAGAGGAUUGAGUUCAGCCUUCUGAAGAUGCAGCGAUUGCAGGAAGCUCGGCAAGUGUACAAGUACUACGCCUCGUUCGCCAAGAACCUGCUGUUCAAUUCAACUGGCGAGGGCCGUAAUUUGCAGGACCUGGUUCAGAAGGCAGAUGUCAACGCGGCUGACCGAUCGGGCCAAACAGUCCUCCAUGCAGCUGCUGGCAGGGGAUACUCGGAGUUGGUGGCGCUGCUCCUGGAACAUCGGGCAGAGGUCAAUCAGCCUGCUCGUGGUUGCUCUACUCCCCUUCACGGUGCUGCCCUACAGGGCCAUUUGAAGGUUUCAAGACUUUCUCAUCGACCAUAA